AUGGCUGCGGAAAAUGGGUCGCCUGCGGUGAAAUACCUCAGUACUGACGACGCAUACUCGAGGUUUUCAUCAGAAAAGAUAGACUCCAGACGGAGACACAUGGUUGGAGAGGUUGUCCACGAGAAUACACAGUCUAUAAGGAAGCGGGUUUCCACUGAAGGUUCGAUAAUUUCGACAUUAAAUGAGGAGAAAUCAUACAAGUUGUACCCAUCUAGAUGGGUCUUACUGUUUAUUGCUAGCAGUCUGAACCUGUCAACUUCGAUGGCAAGUAUUCUUAAACUGUAUAUUUUUACUCUGAUAAUUUACAAGGAAUGCUUAUGUGAGUCCAUACUCUAUCGGAGUCCAGUCGUACCGAACGAAUGCCUAGUACAAGUACGACUGGGAAAAUACUCUUCAUUAUCUGGACUUCAUGCAGGAAUACCGAACUGGAUCACUUUUGCUGCGGCUGCUGACACUUCAGUAGAAUUUUACAAAAUUUCCACUCUUCAACUGAAUCUACUGUCCAUGUGUUUUGUGCUUGUUACAAUACCAUUUGGUCUGACGGCUGCCUGGGUAACGGACACAUUUGGGCUUCGGGCAACGUUUAUGAUUGCGGCAUGGUCAAAUGGUGUCGGGUCUCUCCUCAGGAAUAUCAGCGCAAUGGAUAUAGUGCCACUCGGGUCUAAAUAUAGCGUGGUUCUGAUUGGUCAGAUUCUAGUCGCGUGUGGGGAGAAGUUUGUUAUAAUGAUUCCAACAAAACUAGCAGCACUUUGGUUUCCAGAAAACCGAAGAGCACUCGCAAACAUGAUUGCAGGAAUGACUGAUGCGUUGGGUAAUAUGGUUGCAUUUAUCGUUGUCCCUCUGAUGGUAGAGGUUGAAUCAGACAUUCCAUCAAUGCUAUGGGUCAUGUCAGCACCUGCAUUUCUUCUUGCCUUGAUAACGACGUUUUGUGUUAAAAGAUCAAUACCUCCAACUCCACCAUCAGCAAGCGCAGCUAAGAUAAGUAAAGCGUUCUUCCCAGGAUUAAAAACACUAUUUAAAGAAAAGAACUACCUGAUUUUAAAUUUGACAUUUGGCGCUGGGUUUGGAGUUUAUAUUUCACAUCUUGUUUUGCUUGAGCAGUCACUGUGUCCACGAGGAUAUUCCGAUGAGUUUGCUGGACUGUGCGGAGCUUUGAUGAUUGUUACAGGUACCGUGUUUGCAGCGCUGGGUUCUAUCUAUGUAGACAGGACAAAGAAAUUUGAUGAAGUCCUUAAAAUAUCUUUCGGCCUAGCUUGUCUGGCAGUAAUUGCUUUUACACAGGUUACACGACAACGUGACCAGCAUAUCUGGGUGGCCGUUACUUCAGCUUUGUUUGGGGGCUUUGCCCUUGUUAUAUAUCCUGUCAGUCUGGAAUUAGCUGUAGAGGUCACGUUUCCAGUAGCAGCGGCAACCAGUUCAGGCCUCUGUAUUAUCACUGGAUCUACUCAAGGAAUCGGCAUAAUGUUCGCAAUGCAGUUUUUGGCGCGACCUUUGCCUAACUGGGAGCGCAAUUUGGAAUCAGGUUGUCUACAGGAUGGCGCCUUUAACCCACAAGAUUUUACAUAUUCUUACCUUUGGAUGUCAAAUUGUGUGGUAGUUACAGCAUUUGUGAUACUAGUAUUGUUUUUCCGUCCAAAAUAUAAACGUUUGAUGGAGGAGAGAAAAGUGAAAGCAAAAACUGUUGUAUACAUAAUAAAUACAGAAAACAUUGAAAGCAGUUCCAUCCAGAUUACAAAACUGUGAUCUUAAAAAUGAAGGUUACUUUGCACAUCCCUAAUUUUUUCAUGGUUUUCAUACUUCUCCACAGGUUUGCAUCUAAACAAUAAUGCUACAAUGGUACAAGGUUUAAAAUUGAAUUUGAUUGCUCAGAUGUUUUAUAUAUGAAUACAAAUCAGAAAAAUCUAUAAUAAUCAAGGUCAAAUAUUUUUGUCAGCUCUAUACACGGGAAACUCAGGCAUGACCGGUAUACUUAACCAGUGUUGUAAUUGAAAACAUUACUUUGCGAUUAUCCCUGUUGACAUUUGACAAUAGGUAUCCAGUGUUAUAACAAUUUAAAACAUUACUUUGAGAUGUUUUCCUUUUGAUAUUUUACAAUUGCAGACCUAUAUAAGUAGCCAGUGUUGUAACAAUUUAAAAACAAGGAUGAUUAUCCAACGGGGAAAGCUACGUUCUAAAAACGCAGCUUCCCCAAACGUAAACCCAGCCCUCGGACGCGCACACGACCAACACACACUCACACAAAAGCAAACACGCAAAGAUAAACGAAUAUAUAAAGGAACACAGUGGGGGCAAAGCUUUGGAGCGGUCAGUGGCAAAACCACAACUUGGGAGCUUAAAUCAGUUAAUGGUGCACCUAGCCUCACCAUUACCCCUUCCAAAGUCACAGGAAAGUGUAAAUACAUUUAAAAGUUACAGGCCAAACCCUAACAUAUGCAAAGACAACAGAAGGCAUGCAAUGUAAAACAUAAAAAUGCUCUUGUAUAUUUAUGCAAAUGCAAUUCUUAAGAAUCCAAAACUCUUGUACUCGAUGCCUUUGCAGAAGACAGAGUAACAAGGGAAACACCCUUAAGGGCUUGACGAAACAUUACUUUGAGAUUCUUCCUAUUGAAAUUUGACAUUUGCUGACCUGUAGAGGUAACUAGUAUUGUAACAACUGAAAACAUCACUUUGAGAUUAUCCCAUUUGGCAAUGACUAACCUGAAAAUAGAACCGAAACAUUGCUUAGAUGUCUAUUUAUUAUGAAGUUAGUCUAACUGGAAACAUGUUUGCUUUUAGUAUCAUGUGACAAGCAUUAACCGCAGUAUUUGCACCAGGAGAACCUAGCAUUAGUAGCAAAUUACUUUAUUCUGUUUGUAGACAGACAUGUAUCUUAUUUUAUCUCGAUCUUAUAAUACCAUUUUCUAUAAAAAAUGUUUAGAAAAUGAGUAUAAAAUAUAAUUCAAUAAAUCAUCUGUCAAGGGUUAUAAUGAAUUAAGGUCAUAAAUAACCUUUCCGAAAGUUUUAAGAUGUGCUUGAUUGAAAUAAAUAAUUGAAACAUAGUUCCCUUUUUUGGUCAUCUCAAGUAGACGAUUUGUGUUGA